UUCCUAGAGCGCCGCGCGGUAGCGGCACACGCGGAGCUGGGGUUCGGCGCAGCAUGGAGGAGGCGGCGGCGGCGGCACCGGCACCAGCGGGUGAGGGCAAGGCGGGCCAUGGCCGGAAUGGGCACGCCGAGGGCCCGGCGGCGGAGGAGCAGCGGGGCGGCGGGGCCCGGCUGCGGGGCUGCCGCGGGUUCCUGCGGCGCAACGCGCUGGUGCUGCUGACGGUGUCGGGGGUGGUGGCCGGCGUGGCGCUGGGGGCCGCCGUGCGCGGCGCGGCGCUGGGCCCGGCGCAGGUCGCCUACCUGGCCUUCCCCGGGGAGCUGCUGCUGCGGAUGCUGCGCAUGGUGAUCCUGCCGCUCGUGGUUUGCAGCCUGGUGUCGGGCGCCGCCAGCCUGGACACCCGCUCGCUCGGCCGCCUGGGCGGCAUCGCGCUCGCCUAUUUCCUGGGCACCACGCUGCUCGCCUCCGGCCUCGCCGUCGCCCUCGGCUUCAUCGUCCGCCCCGGCGCCGGCGCUUCCGCGCUCAACACCCAGCUGGGGCUGUCGGACGCGCUGCCCACGAAGAGCAAGGAGACCGUGGACUCCUUUCUCGACCUCGUCAGAAACCUGUUUCCUUCAAAUCUUGUUGCUGCAGCUUUCGAAACGUAUGUGACAGACUAUAAGAUGCAGCUCAGGAACACCACUGGAAAUGCCACAUUGGAAAAGAUCCCUGUCGGUAGUGAGAUCAAAGGGAUGAACAUCCUGGGACUGGUGAUGUUUGCUCUGGUUUUAGGAGUGGCACUGAAAAAGCUUGGCCCAGAAGGGGAAGAUCUGAUUCGUUUCUUUAACUCAUUCAAUGAGGCAACAAUGGUCUUGGUUACCUGGAUUAUGUGGUACGUACCUAUUGGCAUUAUGUUCCUUGUUGGGAGCAAGAUUGUGGAAAUGGAAGAUAUUGUGCUUCUGGUCACCAGUCUGGGAAAAUACAUAUUUGCCUCUAUCCUGGGCCACGUCAUCCACGGAGGAAUCAUUCUGCCACUUAUUUAUUUUGCAGCCACACGGCAAAAUCCUUAUCGUUUUCUCUUAGGACUUAUCACACCACUUGCCACUGCCUUUGCCACUUGCUCCAGCUCAGCCACGCUCCCGUCCAUGAUCAAGUGUAUUGAGGAGAACAACAAAGUUGACAAGAGGAUCAGCAGGUUUAUCCUUCCCAUUGGGGCCACUGUAAACAUGGAUGGAGCUGCUAUUUUCCAGUGCAUGGCAGCUGUGUUUAUUGCUCAGCUGAACAAUGUCGACCUCAACCCUGGGCAGAUCUUCACAAUUCUUGUGACAGCCACGGCGUCCAGUGUGGGAGCAGCUGGGGUCCCUGCCGGAGGCGUCCUCACCAUCGCCAUCAUCCUGGAGGCCAUCGGGCUGCCCACCAACGACCUGUCCCUCAUCUUGGCCGUGGACUGGAUUGUGGACCGAACCACCACAGUUGUGAAUGUGGAAGGGGAUGCCCUGGGAGCGGGCAUCCUUAAUUACCUGAAUGAGAAAGACAAGAAAGAGAAAGAGCAAGAGCUAAAGGAAGUCACUGUAGAAGCAGUUGCUAACAGCAAGUCUGAAGCGGAAACGUCACCUUUGGUAACCCACAAAAACCCAGUCUCCAACACAAGCAGCACAGCAGACCCUGAAUCCAAGGAAUCAGUAUUGUGAACUCAAGGCUGCUCAUCGAGACCAGUCCUAGAGUUGGCCCAGGGACUUGUCGACGCACCCAGACAUUUGCAGUACAACCAGGGGCUGGACGGCUCUUGGAAGUGCUCAGUUCCAGUCUGUUUUGAAAUAUGCUGGCCUGGGGAAGGGGAGGGAGGUGGGGUGGGCAGAGAAGGGGUGUUCAGAAGGAAGCACUCGCUUUAUAAUAGUAUUUUGAUAGUUUGUGUGUGCAUGUGUACAUGUUGCACAUGCACAGUUGUGUACAUGUACGUGAGAACUGCCAUUGAGGCUUCUGGUGUAAGGAGACUUCCAUUAGUGAAGGCUCAGAUGGUUGAAGAAAGGGAGGUAGACAAACCCAGUAUGUGCUUAUUGUAGGGAAAAAUUUUUGCUGCUGUUUGAAUGGAGAAGCAGUCUAGAAACUCCAGAGUGGGUGAAAAUGUUGCUUAAAUUUGUUUUGUAGCGUGGAAACAUUUACCCCCCAUUACAGCCAUGAUAUGAAGCAACAUUUUUCUCCCACUCCCCUUUCUCAUGUUCUCCAAUCCAUUAAAAAUAUUGAGUAUGUCCUUAAAACUAGCUGGUCCACUUUUAAUUUUUUUUUUUGUUUUGUGCCUAAAUUAAUAGCUUAUUAGGAACUUGUUUAAUUUCCCCACUGCAUUGCAGCUCAUAGUAGUUUUCCUGCCUUUUGGUGAAUAACUCCCAAACUGUGGGACCAAACAGAGGAUAUCUUUGUGCAGAUCAAGGAUUUGUUUCCUCCUUUCUUCUAAUCAAGCUGUUAAGGAAAAGAUCCAGAGGAAGAAUGGAUUUUGUUAAAGUAAUCCCUUUGGGCUGAAAAAAAUGUAGUCUGUUCCAGUGUUAGUAUGUCUGAAAGAGGCUUGCCUGUGACAACAUCCAUAAAUCCAGAAGUCACUUCCCUUCAUGAAAACACACGUGAUCCUCUGCUAGCACACUACGUCCUUCUCAUGUUUAUUUAGUGGGUCAAUCCAAACAACUUUAGUCAUACCCUCUUCCAGCAAAAUUGAAUAGGGGAGGAAAAAUUCUGAACACACAUCAUGUGGAAACUGAUGACAGGCAAGUCUGAGUCUUGGCUUGAAAGGGGAAGAGAAGAGGCAAGUUUAUAAUACCAGUAAUCUCUGUGUGGGAGAUGGCUACCUGUUUCUGCCAGGAGUUUGGUCCUGCCAUAAAUGUUCUCUGGCAGCAGUUUACUUUUAGUAAUUCUGGGUGGUGCUGGGCCAGGGUAAUGCUUUAAUGGUAGGUGGUAACCUUUGCUUGAAGCUCAGCCAAAUGCUUCUGGAUUCUUACUCCUUCUUUUUGCCUUUACAGUAUCCUUCCUGAAUUUGCGUCCCAAACCUGAACGAAGUCUGGCAAACUCAUUACAAAGAUCCUGUUGGUUUAUCUUGGCUCUUUGGAUGCUAAUAGUUAAAAAAACAUUAUGACUACACAAGCCAAGAUUUGCCUGGACUUGUGAUAUUUUCCUUUGGCUACUUCAAUGCAAGAGAUUGCAUAUGGUUUAUCUCCACACUGUUAACUCGGCAAUAUGUAUUCACACUUAGCUUUGAUAUAAAAUAAUGCUAAAGUCUCCCUUUUUCUUUCUCCUCUCUUAGUUCAGAGGAAUCUAUCUUGCAGAAAGAGCAGCACUAGGAAGAGGCAACUCCAAUUCCAUAGCAGCAGCUGCCUUCCUUUGCAAAGCAUCCCUCCUGGUAAAGGGACAUGAUGAAUUUUGCAGAAAGACGCUCAGAGUGAGAUGUGCCCACCCCUGAGGGAGUGCGCAGUGAGUGUGUCAUGACUGGCUGGUUAAUCAUGUGCACUGGAGCCAUGCAGACAAUCCAAGUAGGAAAGGAUUAGUCAGCCCACUGGGAAACUGCAGGUGGAGUUUCUUUUUAACCAGUUUAUUUGUAACCAUGUCCACAAAAUUUGGUCAUUCCUUGGCUCAUCUUCAAAAUGGAAGGAGACAAACACAAUUUUGUAGGGAUGUCUUUUGCCCAGAUCAACUUUGCAUUUCUUCCUGUUAGAAUCAUCCCAACUCCUUUCAACUCAGGAAACCAAAAGCAUAUUUUUAAGUCUCUUUGAAAUAUUUGAUUGCAGCAGAACCCCAAAUAGUUUGAUUUUAAAAUAGUAUAUGGGUGCCUCAGGGAAGCUGAAAAUCUGACUGGUCCCUGUUGGCUGGGUUCUGUGGUUGCAUUUUCUCCCUCAUCAGACAUUUAGCUCCUGUGCUUUUGUGAGACCCCCUUGGAAUACUGUGUACAGUUCUGGUGUUUCCAACAUAAGAAGGACAUGGAGCUGUUGAAGGAAGUCCAGAGGAGGGCCACGAAGAGGAUGGGAACACAUCCACUGCAAACACAGGCUGAUAGAAUUGGGGCUGUUCAGCCCAGAGAAGAGAACAGUAUCUGAAGGGGACAUACAGGGAAGCCAGAGAGGGGCUUUGUCAGGAACUGUAGUGGUAGGACAAGGACCAAGGGAUACAAAUUGAAAGAGAUGAAAUUUGGUGAGAUACUGGAACAGGUUGCCCAGGGAGACUGUGGAUGCCCCAGUCCUGAGAGCGUUCAAAGCCAGGCUGGAUAAGGCCUUAAGUAACAUGUUCUAGUGGGAGGUGUCCCUGCACAUGUCAAGGGAUUGGGACUGGAUGAUGUUUCUUUACAACUCCUUAACAUUCUGUGGUUCUAUGAUGCUCUCCCUCACUGUGACACAUGCAGCUAGCAUCAGGACAUGAGGGCAGCACUAAAAGGACAACUCAUGAAGCAUCACAGCACCAUUUCGGAGAAGAACACAUCUAAAUUCUUUUUUCACCUCGAAGCUGCUGUUGCCCACAGGUAAAAGUACUGCCCUGGGCAGACCCAAAGGCUGGGCUUCCUUGCAAGCAUCUUGCCAUUGCCAUACAAUCCUUCUUCCCUAUGGUGGUGCUGCAGCUGGAGUGUGCCUCAUCCUUGUAGCAGUGUGCCAUAGGCUGUGGCACAUUGGUCCUGACAGGGGCUUCUAGGAAAUGGGAAACUAAAGCAAAUACCCCAGUAUUAGUAUGAAGCAUGAGCUUCAGAAUGCCUCACUGAAUGCCCCUCCCAAUCCCUACUAGUGGAUUGCCAUGUUUUGCAUUGGUGUGAAUUUCUAGUCCCAUGUAAAGCUUGUAGAGCAGUUGGAUUUAAGGAGAUCAAAUCAUUCUUAUAGCAAGAAUUUAAUCAAGGAAAUCUCACAUUCCUUCUCUUGGAAAUGCAUAUCAUAGGAUUUAUAUGAACCAUGAGUAUUCAGCUCUUAACCUGCCAGAAAUCUGUGGACCUACAGAGGACUUACUUUAGACUUAAAAAUGUGCUACUUCUUUUGUUUGUGCAGAACAAGAGGGAUCUGUGGAAGCAGGAGUGCUGGGUAAUUGCUGCUUGUCAGAACAUCUUGGUCAUUUUAUCAUUUGUGUUAGAAUUUACAUUUCUUGUUUUUCUGUGAUGUUCCCAUUCCUAAUGAUAGCCAUGAUGCAUUCUAGAACCCUCUAUCUGGAUUGUUUUCUUAAGAAUAUGAAAGAUCUAGUAUUGCACUCUCCGAGACUAAAAAAAUGUGGUACAUUCCAACAACUGCCACUGUAAUGAUGUGGGUCCUGGUGGUAAGCCUGGUAAGAUAGAAGAUCUUAAGUUGAUCUUACGUCUUCAGGUAAGGGCACUGGGAGAAAAAUGAAAGGGCGGUUGAGGCAUGUGUAUUUGAGAUACUGUUCUUGACCUGCAGUGUAAUGUGUUACACUGGGAGCUUCCUCUUCCAGGAGGCUGUGAGCUGAGAAGGUGCUCAGGAGCCUUGCACGUGCAGCCAGGGGUACCUGCUCUGCUUUGCUCUCAACCAGGCACUCCACAAAUCUGGUGCCAGUGUGGUACUUAACUCCAGUGUUUCUUGACUGGACAUCUAUGUGUGUUCUCUUGACCCUAAAUUGGAAACCUUUAGUCAGUUGCAUUUUUUUUUUUUUUUUAAGAGGAAUAAAUUCUAUGUAGAAAACACUACUUUCUAUUUGAUUUUAGGAUGUUUUUUGUUGUUUUGGGGUUUUCUUUUUUUCCCCAGAAGGUACAAGUUCUCUCCUUGGGUCAUGUCCUACCCUCUAGUACAGGAAUUGCUUUUUGAGAGAAAGAUAUGGAAAUUACAUGGUGUAUUUCUUGGAGUGUCCUGUGCAAGGCCAGGAGUUGACUCAGUAAUCCUCAUGGGUCCCUUCCAACUCAGUGGAUUCUAUGAUUCUAUGAAAUAUUGAAGAGUCUGCAAGCCUUUUUUCAGUGAAGUUUCUUUGACUGUUUUGCACCAUCUUUUAUUUCUUCUCUAGGAUUGACUGUUCACUCCAUGCUUUAUUUAUCACGGCAUGAUCUCAUCCUGUUUCCUGGAAUACCCUGUGUUCUUUUUAUGUUUCAGUGGCUCAGGAAUAAAUGGGAGACUGGAUAGUUUUGAGGGCUUCAGUUUGCAUUCUGCCUUUCUCCUGUCCUGAGCUCAGCAGAGGUUUGUGAGCCUUGGUAAUUCAGAGUUGCUCUGAGAGAGCAGAGCAGUAUCUGUCUCUCACACUGAGAAAGGUGCUUGUUCUGUGCUGAGAUGUGGCUGUAGAUGCCUGAAAAACUGUAGUGAUCAGUGGAAGGUGCCAGGACUACUGCUUCUAGGAUAUUUUCAGUAAAGAUCUUGUAUUCCUUAGAAAUGAGCUCUUGCUGAGUCUAGGUGUUGGUAAUUGCACUACAAGACUCGGUAAUUGCAAAGGCCUUUAAACCCUUCUGGGGGUGUCUCUUGCAAUUGGGAUGGCUUUUGUGUUGAGAAACGACUACAGCCAAUCCCAAUUCCCCUGCCAGGAUGCGACAAACAGGAUCCUUUGGGACACAACGGGAUGUUGUGUCCUUUGGAUGUAACAGAGAUGUGGAACUGGUCAGAGUACCACAUCAGUUGGUGAAACAAUCUCUGCUUUAUCUUUUCUGGGCGGCCCUGAGCUGGAGAUGGUGAGAGACGGGGGGGAAGGUGUGAGGGGGAGAUUUCCUGGUGCUUGCUCUGUUGCCAUACUCUUCUCUUUGCUGUGGCUGGUGCCAGAUAUGGACAUGACCCAGUGUCACCAUUCCUGUUCUCCUGUGGUUCCUCCUUAUUUUGCAGCAAGAACAACAAAAUUGGAGGUGUUUAGGCAGUUCCUCUUUCAGUCAAGUCAAGGUCCUUGUCAUCUCUGUGACUCACCACCCAGCCAUAUGUUGAAGGUUGUGUCCUUAAGAGCUUGCAAGAGGGACAUAUCCACCGUCUCUUCUGCAAAGAUUUGCAGCUUUGGCCAACACUCUGGGCUAAAUCUUCACUCUGGUCCUCUGCUAACACAGGGCAUUUCUGCAGCCACUGUAAAGCAUCAUCCUGUUGAAAAUUACAGUUUUUAAUUCCUGACCCUUCCACAGGCAGUGAGCAGUGGGCCUCAGGUACCAAGUCAAAAGACCAAAAGAUAAACUCUCACCAGAGAAAAAUUGUCACAUCUUUACUGAUUUUAACAGAGCCUUGGCAGUUCAUAAUCACAGAGCUGCCUGUCAUGACUGAUCUGGUGACAGAUGAACAGCACAGAAUUAGGCAGGUUGCAUAAGUCCUAUACCUGUGCUUCCUUUUCUGCAAAUUAGGUUUAUCUCUCACAGGCCAUAGUGUGAAAGAUAGUGAGGUGCAAUGUUUAGAAAGCACUCUUAAAACACAGAGCAGUAAAUCUUGACUAAUAAUGAACUUUUAAAAAAUCUGAAAGGAAUCAAAUAAUCAAAGUAUGCAGAGUUGCAUUGUGCUAGAGGAGGAAUGGCUGAUGGAAAGGAGAUGAGGUGGAUGCAUUUGCUGGGCUAAUUUGAGGGGAGCUGGUGUCAGUGUGAGCUGCAGUUCAGAAAAGUGGUGUGACUUAGUCAAAGACAACACAGUGCCCUGUUCUGUCUGCCUCCUUCCAUCUCCACCUGACAUGCCAUGAAAGCUUAGGCUCAGGUAAAUUAACAGACAUCACCAUGGAUUCAACAUCUAAAUUGGGAGUCUUGACAGCUUAGUUCCUGACUAGUUUCAGUGGGAGAGCUUUUCAACUCAAAGAACAAUUUAUCUUGUUGUUAGUAUGGGUGACAAAGGUGAAGAAAAAGAACUGGAAGGCUGCAGGGACACCAUCACAGAAGACAGGGUAAGCAAGAGGAUAAAGAACCAUGUUUUCCUUGGCAUUUUGAUAGGGUAGGAUCAAAGAAGGCUGCAGGCAUUUGUCGGGCAUGUAGCAGAGACCAUGCAAAUCCCUGCCUGCUGCUUGGGUGGGAUUUGCAGGGAGAGGCAGGAGUGCUGACGUUUCUGAAAUGCAACAAGGCAGCAUGCAGAGGGCCAGUGUGGAACUCUAAUAAGCUGCUGCUGGCUGCUGGCCAUGACAGAGAACAGCAGUACAGUUCUGGAUCAGGGAUUGACCCACAUUCCUCCUUGCAGGAUAGCUAGGACAAAUGCUUCUCAGAUAAAUGCAUGGAGACCAUUAUUCUCAGAGGACAAAGACCAACUUGUUAUCUAUGGGAGCAUAUUGAUGAAAGCCAUGCUCACUUGCUGCUUCAGUUUCUGGCAGGAGGGAAUAGGGUUUGACAAAUGAUCUAAAACUUUUUCCAGACUUUGGGCAACACAUUGAGACAGUUGCCCCUGAAUAUUUUAACUCUGACAAUAAGUGAUCAAGAGCUUCUUUUGGCUCCUGUAAGUCUUCACAUUUGAGCACAAUGUUGGGAAGUUAAUGUUAACACAGAAUUCAUUCUCUGCAUGAGGUCUUUAUAGACAUUUGUGACCAGCAGGCAUCAGUUUACAGCUGCACAAGUGAAUGAAUACAGAAAAAGGUGAAAGAACUCUCUCUUGAAUCACAUGAAGAGCUGCCAAGCUGGCUAGGAGCAGACUCUGAAUCCCAAAGCCAAGUUCAUUGUUAGCUAACAACUAUCACCUCCUUAAAAAAACCCACAUAUGAGGGUUUAUAAGUAUAUUUGAUUGUGUACAGAGAUUUUAAUAGAAGAGGAAAAAAAUCUCUUUCGUUCAAGAGUUCACAGUGUGGUUACUUAUUGAAUUAUAUCUCAGUGUCAGCAGAUGCAUCAUCCUUAACAGUUAUGAAAUCUCAUUUGGAUUUAACCUCAGAUCUUGUUGCCAGCAGGAGGUGAGAACUGUGGACAUUUUAGCAGGCCAACAGCUUUUAUCUAAAAUCCUGCUCAAGAAACAUUUAAACUUGUUUCCCAAGGCCAUGGAUGUUGCUUGCAAGGCAAGCAGGGCUACCAACAGGAACUAGCAUGAGGAAAUGGAUUUUGAGCCAACUCUGUUGUAAUGCAUUUAAGGGUGUGGUUUUAAGCCACAGAGACCAAGAAAUUUGGUAUUAGAUGUUCCUUAGGAAAGCUUUCACUUGCUCCUUCUGGUAAAACAACACUGAGAAAGUAAUGCUCUUCCUUGCCAAGCAUGUAUUUAGUAAUUGAAACUAAACUGCAUAUGGCAUGUGCGUGCAACUUAAUUGCAGUUACAUGUUGCAGAAGGAAAUUACUAAAGGAACUCUUCUCUCAAGGAAUUGUUUACACAUGUCUGAAUCCCCGAGAUUACAUUCCCACAGAAAGAGUUGUGCUUAACCAUAAAAAAUACUCCAGAUAUUAACUGGUUUGGAUUGCAGCUUUUUUAAGAACCAGAAGGAAUGCUGGUGUCAGUAAAGGACAGGCCAGGGCCUUCUCUGAUGUGCAUUGAUGUAAUUUCCUGAGCUUUCUGUGGUUUCUGGAUUUCUAAUGGUGAUACCUCCAUAGCAGCAUAGAGGAAUGGUCUGGGCCUUUUAAGACUAUCAUGAUUGACAGAACAGCAGUAAAGCAAUGUUUUUAAAACUUCUUGGCUGUAACUGAAGGCAUUUUACAUGCUCAGAGUAUUCUUAGUGUUUUCCUAGUGGUUAGUGUCGAUGCAGAAGGAAACUUCCUCACGUUUUGUUCAGUUUGCCUUCUCUGUAUCCCUUCUGCGGAGUCUGUUGUGCUCCUUGGAGUCUGGCCAGAUCCCAGCAGGAUCAGGCUCCUAUGGUACAUAGAUCAGACUUAAAGAUAUUCUGGCCCCAUGUGAGGACAUGCACUGUUUCCUAUCCUGUUAGGAGGGGACAAAGACAUGCUUGGAGAGCUUUGGAGCGCAUCUGGACUGAGCAAAUCCUGCUUCAUUAAGGCAAUAUCUUAAUGAUAUUUUACACUUAAUUAGUCAAAUAAUCACGACCAAGAUGGCCCAGCCGUCGCUGCCUCCCUGCUCUGAUCCACAACUGAUGCUCUGUUGACUUGUCUUUCCUAAAGGCCACUGUGGACUUGAUGUAUUUGCCAUCCAUGAGAAUUCCAUUCUUUUAAGAACACAAUCUUAUUUAGACUUCCUCAGUUACUAUCCUGACUGCUCUCUUGUAAGGUUGUGCUGUAUGGGAUGGAGACCAUGUGUAGCACUGCAAAUAACUGCUGAGCUAACCUCUGCUCUUGAACUGCUUCUUGGUUACUGCAGACUGAGGCUGACUCACUCACACAUUGUGAGGGUGAAGACUGACUAGAUUUUGAUUAAUCCCACAGAUUCAGGGAUAGCAGGACCACCCCUGCACAUGAGGAGUCCCCUUCUGCCUUAUUAUUCUUAAAGGUGCCUUGUCCUGGUUCCCUUCAGGACAAAUUCCAAAUUGCUGUUUGGCUUUCAAAUAUGCACCAAAGCUGAAAGACUCCAUUAUCCCUGGAGACAGGAGGGAGAAUAUGAUGUCCUGUUGUGAGACAAGGAAAAUGGUUUUCUUUUCUCUAUCCUGUGAACUCUGUGGCAGCAAUCCUGAAGUGUGUAUGUGUGUGUGUGUGCUUUUAUUUCUACCUGGACACAAAUUGCUCUAAUUAGGAGGGAGGGUUAUUGUAUUUUUAUAUGUUAAAUUUGAUUAAUUACUUUAAUAAAAAGAAACAUGAACUCUGAAAUUUACUGCCAUCCACUCCAGUACAAUCCAGUAUCACUGAUACAAAUGUAUUUGCCUUCAGGUUAAAACCUUCUGCUUAGAGUAACCACUCCAUUGAGGAAGUGUUUGUGCCAUGUGGGUGUGUUGAUCCCUGUGCACAUCAGUAGCUGUUCCUCCUUUAAAGCUGUGGGUUUCACCCAUGUGACUCUGUAUCAUUGUCUCCCAAGAACAGAUGUAUGUGCACAUAUGCAAAAAAAGACCGUAUGGCUGUGUCUGGGGGUGUGCGACCCUGGGGCAGAUGAUACAGAUGUUUGUUUUGUGCUGUAGCCUUUGGAGUAAGAACUCCCUGCCUACCUGGGGAGCAACCAGACCUGUGGCUCAUGUAGGGAUGGUUUGUUGUAUUAGGAGGGUGACACAAUGGGAUACUCUUUUUUCCCUUUCUCUCAUGGAAAUGUAUAUUUGUUUUCUCUUUGUGUAGCUUCUCAAUAUGAAAUAAAAACCAGCCCAAAAAGAA